AUGGAUGUCCUGCUUGAAGCCGUGUGGUAUGUGAAAGACGAGCUGAAGAUUGUCACAGACAGCUACAGCAAACAGGAGGCGCGGCUCAGAGAGCAGGACGCGCUGCUGGCGGCGCAGGCCGUCCGCCUCGAAGCACUGGAGGCCGCCAGGGCGGCGCCGAUGGCGGCGCCGGCGGCCGUGGCGAUGGAGCCACUGGUGGCGGUCACGGAGGAGCCGCAGGCGGAGGAGGAAGUGAAGCCGAAGAAGCCAGAGGAGCUCCGGUCCGAGCUGUUCUCCGAUCUCCUGGGCUUCGACCCCGUGCCCACGAAGCCGAAGGUCGAGGAGACCCGCAGCCAGCCCUGUGCUGCCACUGCCAUUGCUUCCACCCCAGAGCCGUCGGAAGACGAGGAGGCGGCGCUCCUUGUUUGCCGAGCGGACGAUCCUUUGAGCGGGCCCAAUGAUCCAUGGCUGGAUUCCGGAGCGGCAGCCAGAAGAGUGAUUGUUACGGCCCAGCCAAAGGCGCCAAACAAGACCGUGGCACCGCUAAAAGAGCCGGAAAGGGCAGCGACCGCGAAGCCAAAGCCGAUGCCUGCAUCGCUGAACAGUAGCAGGGCCAAGGCGGCGGCCAAGCCCUCGGGGCCCUCCGCCUCGCUGGUGGCGAAGCUGGCGGGGGCCGCGGAGCGGAAGAAGGAGAUGUCGGUGGCAGCGAUCGCCGCGAAGGCGCAGAACUUCAUGGAGGACCUCGACGGCGAAAAGCCGAGUGCCGGCAAUAGCGGCAGCCCGCCGUCCAAGGCAGCGCCAGAAGUGAAGUUGCCCAACUCGCCCACAGUGCCAACUGCGGCGAAGAGCGAGCCUUCGAAGCCCAUCCCCAAGGCUCCACCCGAAGGGCUCAAGCAGAAGUUGAAGAGCUCCGAGUGA